AUGAGUGAUAGACAAUCUCUCUUAAACGCAUCCAAUAAAUUCUCUACUGGUGAUGAUGAUGAUAAUGGGAACAAGAAACAACUUUUCACCAAUAGUUUUUCUGAUUGGCGUCGAUGUUUCAGUAGAAAAGGCAGCGAUAAUAAAUAUACAAAAUUAGAUGAUGAUACUGAACAUAGUGACAAAGAUGAACCAGUUGGUAUUUUCCGUUUAUUUCAGUUUGCAAAUCGUACAGAUUUUGUCCUGAUGUUCAUUGCUGCGUGUUUCCUAAUGCUGCAUACAAUUUGCAAUCUCAUUCACCUACUUCUCUUUGGUCGACUCACAGGAUUAUUUGCUACUGAAUCAUUUGGCGAUAAUUGUGAUUAUCGACACCAAAAUACAAUAGGUCCAACUAAGAACAACAAUACAUAUUCUCAAGUCAUAGAGCUCAAUCGAUUCAACAAUGAUUCGUCAUAUAAACUCCGCCAUAAUAUCGAUGUAAUUUUAUCAUCAACCAUAGCAACAUCAAUGCCUUCAUUUCGAGAAAAAGUUAUGAACAUAGUUCACUGGUUAUUCAUUAUUGGUGCUGUUGAAUUGUUGGCUAGCUCAAUUGAAAAUUUCAUUUGGACUAUUAGUGUGAAACGACAGACAUCUCGUAUGUCUGUUUCUCUCUUUCGAUCAAUAGUUCAACGUAGCAUUCCUUAUAUGGAUACCAAACAGACUAGUCAACUCAGUGCUAAACUGUUUGACUGGCAAUUGACUUUGAUUAUGCUAUGUUUGAUACCUUUGGUCAUUGGUAGCUCAUUUGUGUUUUCUCAGCUCACCGCUAAAGAAGCAAUGAAUGAGUUAAUGACAUAUUCAAAAGCGGGACAAAUCGUUCAAGAAGUGUUUAGUUCAUUACGAACUGUUCUUUCCCUCAAUGGUAGUAAGUUUGAGCAAAAACGAUAUGACAGAGAAUUGUAUUCAACUCGUUGGAGUAAUAUACGCAAAGGUGCAGUUUUUGGAAUUUUUAAUGGAUGGUCAUCUCUAAUAAUCUACCUAAUGUAUUCGAUUGGUUUUAUCUUUGGUUCUCUUCUUAUGUCAUACAAAGAUGAUCAUACAUUGAAUAUUAGUGAUAUAUUUGUCGUGAAAGCUCGAGGUGCAGCACCAUCAGUGUUUCGACUUAUUGACGAGGGAAAUGAUGCAAGUGUUAAUGAAAUAGAUAUAUGGAAAGAGGAUACAGAAGCUAUUUAUAAUAUCAAUGGUGAUAUUGAAUUUGACAAUAUCAACUUUAGUUAUCCAUCUCGAAGAGAUGUACCAGUUCUGGGUAAUCUCUCUCUUAUUGCUCGUGCUGGUCAAACAACUGCUCUUGUAGGUUCCAGUGGCUGUGGAAAAAGUACAUGUAUAUCACUUUUUCUUCGUUACUAUGAACCGUCCUCGGGUCGAAUAAUGAUUGAUGGUCGACCAAUAACAGAUUACCAUGUCCAACAACUUCGACAAAAUAUUGGAGUUGUUAGUCAAGAACCUAUAUUGUUUGGUAUGAGUAUUUAUGAAAAUAUUCGUUUUGGUAAAGUAAAUGCAACACAGGCAGAAAUUGAACAAGCAGCACGAGAAGCAAAUGCACAUAAUUUCAUUAUGCAAUUACCAGAUAAAUAUGAAACACUUGUUGGUGAACGUGGUAUACAGUUGAGUGGUGGUGAAAAACAACGUAUUGCACUAGCUCGUGCUCUUGUCAAACAACCUACUUUCCUUUUACUGGAUGAAGCAACAAGUGCACUUGAUAAUGUUAGUGAAAAAAUUGUUCAAGAAGCACUCGAUCGAGCAUGCAAAGGUCGUACAACUAUCAUUAUUGCUCAUCGUUUGGCUACAAUUCAAAAUGCUCAUCAUAUAUAUGUAUUAGAUAAUGGAAGUGUAAUUGAGCAAGGUACACAUGAAACAUUGAUGGCAAAAGAAGGAGGCAAAUAUCAAGCAAUGGUUAAACUUCAACAAAUGGAAAGAAUCAAUGAUGAUCAAGAUGAUAUGAUGAGUAUCCAAAAAACGACAGAAGAAGAUGAAAAGUCGAUAUUUGAACGUUCUUGUUUACUUAGCGAUAAUCAAACUGUUGAUAUGAAUAAACAAAGUUCAAAGCUAUUCAGACAAAAAUUUAUCUUUUUAAGACUCUUGUCAAUGAAUAGCCCUGAAUGGAUCACGAUCUUGAUUGGUUGCAUAGCGUGUGUACUUAACGGAGCAGCUCAACCAUUAUUUGCAUUUUUACUCACCAAAAUAGUCGAAGCAUUUAAAUAUUGUUCAACGUCUGAACGACGUCGUCAUGUAUUGAUUACCAGUUUUCUUUUUUUGCUUUUGGGUGCUCUUGUAUGGAUUCUACGUUUCUUUCAAUAUACAGCUUUUGCCAUAGCAGGAUCGAAAUUGACGCAGCGUAUUCGCUCGAAAGCUUUUGCAUGUCUUCUUCGUCAAGAAGUUGCUUAUUUCGAUCGACCUGAGAAUAGUUCUGGUGCGAUUUGUGCUCGUCUUUCUUCUGAUGCAUCAGCCGUUCAAGAGAUGGCUAGUACGCGAUUAGGAGAUAUGUGCGAAGCUUUUGCAUGGUCGUUUAUUGGAAUUCUGUUUGGAUCUUUCAUAAGUUGGCAAUUAACAUUGAUCGUUUUUGGUCCUCUUUUUUGCUUCUUCCUAGUCAUUUAUGGAGAAGUGCGUUUACGUCUACAGAUGGCCCAACAAUCUGGUCACAUUAUUGGACGAGCAAGCAUGCUUGUUGUCGAAACUAUUCACAAUAUGCGUACAAUAAAACAAUUGUCAAUAGAAAAAGAAGUGUUAAGACAAUAUUCUGAACUCAUUCAUGAAGUAUUUAUAUUGUCUUGGAAACCUUCGAUAGUAUAUUCAAUAUCAUUUGGCAUAUACUGGAUACUAGGUGUAUACACUUUGGCAUUUGUGUAUUGGUGUGCUCUUGUUCUCUUUGAGAAGGACAAACUAGCUGCAAACCGUAUCAUAAUGGCGUGUGCUUUUGCUAUUUUUUCGAUGCAAACAUUAAGACUCAUCGGAAUGCUAUCUAGCAGUAUUGCUACAUCAGUCUCAGCUAUUAAAACGUUUUUUGAUUUAUUUGAUCGAAAACCAGCAAUAGACAAUACGUCUACUGAAGGACAAGAAUUGGUUGACUUUCGUGGAGAAAUAAAAUUCGAUCAAGUCAAAUUUAUCUAUCCAGCUCGGCCAACAUCUAUUAUUCUUAACAAAUUUCAAUUGAAUAUUAAGGCAAGUCAACGUGUGGCUCUUGUUGGUACAUCCGGAUGUGGAAAAUCAACAAUUAUUCAACUAUUGGAACGAUUCUAUGAUGUUAAAAGUGGUCGAAUACUUAUUGAUGGCAUUGAUAUUCGACAACUAAAUCUUCAUUGGGUUCGUUCUCAAUUCGGUCUUGUCAAUCAAGAACCAAAUUUGUUUGAUUUAACAAUUGCUGAAAAUAUUGCAUAUGGUUUAGAAAAUGUUCCAAUGGAAGACAUUAUCAAUGCAGCAAGGAAAGCUAAUAUUCAUCAAUUUAUUGAACAAUUACCUCAGAGUUAUGAAACAAAAGUAGGGAUGAAAGGUAGUUUUCUGUCAGGUGGUGAAAAGCAACGUAUUGCUAUUGCUCGAGUUCUUCUUCGUCGACCUAAAGUAUUGCUCUUAGAUGAAGCUACAAGUACCAUGGAUUCACAUAAUGAACAAAUUGUACAAAAAGCUCUUGAACAAGCUCAAACAGAAGAUUCUAGUCGAACAUCACUCAUUAUUGCUCAUCGUCUUUCAACUAUUCGUUCAUGUGAUUUGAUUUGUGUACUUGAUAGAGGACAUAUAGUGGAAAGCGGUACUCAUACAGAACUGAUACAACAACAUGGUGUUUAUUAUAGAAUGCUUGCUCAAAACAAUUUACAAUGA